UCAUGUCUCUUUUUUAUUCCAUUUUUACCGGGUCUUGUUUUUUCCCGGUUCGCAAGAUAUGUGCGAAAGGGAUCGGUGUUGGCGAUCGAGUAGGCGACAAAGUGGCAGUCGUUCUCAUAAACUCCACCCUGAGCAAGAUUUGAACAAGCAGCAUCUGGUGGAAUGUUAUUCUUUAUUACGAGUAGUUGAUUAUUUGGUGAUAUGAAAUUACUCGUCGUGCCGCGAUUGGAUCUAUGCCCGAUUAUAUGUGCAUUGGUGAUGCGACGAACGAGCGGAAAAAGCGAUUCUCUACGCCGAUCACAGCGGUUGUUUUUCCGUAAUAGACCAUUUUAAUAACCGGUUGUAAUCUGUGUGUUGUGGAUUUGUGGAUGUGUCGUGUACAGGGCUCAUCACGCAACAUUUCUUUUCCAUUAGCACCAAUUGAGCAGUCGUAAAUGAGCUGAACUUCCGCAUACAGUGUCUGCUGGCGCGCUCAGGGAUGCAGCUGACAAAAAAAUGACCCCUUCGCUGCUAAGUGUCCUGCUUGGCGCAUGCCAUGCAUCUAGCCGGCUAAUAUCCAGCUUCCUGCGCGCGAUAUCGCUGUUUUAGCGUGUACAGAUAGAGGAUACAUUCAGCAAUCUUUGACCAGCUUCCCGCCAUGAUCUACGUUCCUGUAACUAUUUUCCGCCUAUUUACGUCAUUGUAUAUAUUAGCGGUUCCCGGACUGGGAUCGCCUACCACAGCGCCUGUGAUAAGGUCGCAAUUUACACCGGACUAUGCUAAACAGCCCGCGCUGUCCACUUCCAUGGGCUACAGCCGAGUCGACAAAUUCGGUGCCAGUUGUGAUCUACUGCCUAAUUUCCGCUGUGCAUCGGGAGAUUACUGCAUACCCGUCAAACUAGUCCUAAAUGGAUAUAAGGAUUGCGAAGAUGGCUCGGAUGAAGACGCCCGUAAAAUUAACUUCUGUGACUUGGGGCCAUCCAUCCACCGCUGUGCUCCCAAUUCCAAAUGUAUUACCAGCCAAUUUGGAUAUCGAUGUCAGUGCCUGGACGGCUACACCGGCGAUGGAUUCUAUUGCGAGCGAUUUCCCAUGGGCAUCCAGAUAACCGUCUCCACCAACGAUACACUGGAAGAUGUGCCGGUAUCUUUCAACGUCUCCAUCCUAGUGUUUCCCAACGGACCCAAUUCAAAUCUGUCGCUGACCAUUGUCGGUCUGCCGGCCAAUGCCAAAUUCAGUGUGGGCGCGCCGUGCAAUGAAACCGCCUGGUGUUUUACUGAAGACGACUUCUCCUUCGGCACAUAUGUCAAUACGGAGUUUUUUCCCCCACGGGACUUUUCGGGUGUUAUUCCCUUAAAUGUCAUCGCCGAGAUUUACCGCGAUGGUUACUGGGUCACUGGGUAUAGUGCCACCGCCUUACAAGUCAUUCCUGUGCCUGAUGCGCCGUAUUUACGCGUCGGUACGGUGUGCUAUGCCAGUGAGGAGACGGCGGAAAUUAUCAUACCAGUCAAUGCCCGCCUGUCGGACACUGAUGGUUCAGAAGAAUUAGAAAUCGAUUUCGAUGGACUUCCCGAUGGGUUUGAUAUUUCCACUUGGACGGAUCAGGCCGAUGAUGUGGUCAAUGUGGAUACGGCCAACAUGCCGGCGGAGAACACUAUCACUACGCUCGUUAUUAAACCGCUGGGCGAGCUCAACCCUUUCAACGCCACCAUCUCCGCGGUGGCGCGUGAAAAAGCCAACGGAAAAGAGAACGUCACCGCCAAGAAUAUCAUGAUCGCGAAGUGCCCACCUAAGCCCAACAUGAGCGUGAUCUUUGACGUGCCGGAGCACGAUAUCCUCGAAGGUCAUCCCAUUCCGCUGCGCAUUACUGUCAAGUUUGAUCUGGAAGAAAGUCCCCGAUUAAUCUCCAUCCAGCUGACCAAUUUUACGCAGGGCGCAUCGCUUAACCGGGGCCGGCGUGUGGGUAGCAGUUGGGUGUUGUCGCGCCAAGAUUUAUCAGCGGAAGACUUAUUCUUAACGCCGCCGCAAUACUUCUCGGGAGAAUUGACACUGCACGCCCAGAGUGAGGCAUUAUACCGGGGAUUUCUGUAUAAUUUGGACUCGGACGCCAGCAUCAAGAUAACCCCAGUGGCGACCACGCCCCUUCUGCAUGCUUAUCCCGAAGUAAUCUGUCUGACGGGCGCCAACACCACCAAUGUGUCCUUUGUCAUUGACGCGGCCCUAGUGGAUGUGGAUGGAUCGGAACAUCUGGUAAUUCAGUACAAUAUCCCGGAAGACUGGAUGGGAUCAGCUGGCACUUCUUUUCAUGGCAGCUACAGUCUCAUCACCGCACUGCCACACGAAACACUUAAUGUCACUGUCUCCACGACCAGCGGCUUCCUCUAUCCAACCGAAGUGCCGGUUGUGGUCAUAGCCAUUGAGAAGGAGAAUGCCGAUCAAAAAAUUGUAUUCCAGAAAGUCAAAUUAAUGAGCUGCGAUGCGGCCAUGUACAAGCAAUCACUACUGCGGCAAAGGACAACACUGAUAUGGAAUGUUACAACGCCCGCUAGCUUGAAUUCGCAGUUGCCGAUUAAUUUCGGCAUCAAUACUAGUAGCUCGACGUCGAUAUUUUCUCCCGUGGGGAACAUUACCAACUUUACAGACAACAGUUUCCCGGAAGGGGCGGCGUCGGAACUUGAUCUCGUCCAGGAGGGCGUGGACUCCGCCCAGGAUGACGAAUCGGUCCCGGUGCGGUCGAACCGCAAUUUCAGUUUCCUGGAAAUCACGACAUCCACGCCAUCCACGACCACACGUAAUCCGCUGAAAGUGCAACGAUUAGCCAAAACGACGGAGGAGAAAACCGUCCGACCACAGCGCACCCGUCCAAGUAAACGCCGCAAGCCGAAAGGACCGCAAGUGCCGGGCCGGGCACAGAUGGACCACGUCAAACUGGAACAGUACGCCACCAUUGCCAACGGUACCGAGGAUGUGCCGAUCGGCGUCAACAUAACUGUGAUAACGAAGAAUGCUCCUGUCCAUUCCGCGGUACAGACCCGCAUCUUCGGCCUCCCUCAUGGCAGCUUCAUGACGCGAGGAACACUGGAGAAUCUCACCCACGCCUGGCUACUCAACCAGCGUGACCUCGCCCAGACACUGACGCUGUAUUUACCGCGACAUCUUAGCGGUAAAUUCUCCCUCACGGUGGCAUCCAGUUUGAAUCUACCGCGAAAUAAAACGCUUGUGGCCCGCGAAAACGUCGACCUGCGUGUGCGACCGGAAACGGACAGUGGGCAGUUCGAAAUCACGAGUCCGUACUUUUCCUCCAAAUGCUUCCAGCUGAACGACAAACGGCUGCGGUUUACCGUACGGGUCAAACUGGAGGACAACGAUGGGUCGGAGGAGGUGGAAUAUUUGGAACUGCGCGGGCUGCCUAAGCACGCGCGAGUGGAACCGGGACGGAUUCUCAACAAUGACGAAGCGUAUUUAAUUUUCGGCCGGGAACUGCCUACUUUUGAUAUAAUAACGGACCGAAAUUUUCCGCAAUUUGAUAUGACAUUAGAUGCGAAAAUCCGAGAGAAAGCCACUGGCGUCAAAACCAGUGUUGUUAAACAGAUUCCCAUUGUGCCAUGUUCAGGUGCCUCGCAAACAGGAGAUUUACGACGUUUUGGAUGGACCAAGCGACUACGAUCGUCAUUGCUUUUUCUAAUUUCUCUGCUUUCUGCAGUGAUAAUACAAAAAUUAAUUUGCUGACUUAAGUACAUUUAGCGAAAUGCAUACUCCAAAUGUUUUCUUUCACGCACGUGCAAUACCUCAGCAGAUCAAAAAUUUAUUAAAU